AACGCCACCGUCUUCAACAGUAGGCUCCUAAUCUUAGAAACGAAGUUCUCCAUCGGAAAAACCUCUCUUCUUCACUCUCUCUACCGUCAUAAUCAUCAAUUUCAGGUUCUUUCACGUUUAUCGAAUUACAUGGCUUUCUCUCUGCUGCUACACAAAUGUCAUCCCCGAUUUAUCACAAACCGGUGGCUUACUACAGGAGCCGAACCGAUUCGUUCAGAAUUUGCUGGACCUAACGCUUACGAGCUUCUAGGUGUAUCAGAAACAAGCUCCUUUGAUGAAAUCAAAAAUUCUUUUCGUAAAUUGGCUAAGGAGACUCAUCCUGACCUUGCUCAUUCCACGCACAAUUUCUCUACUUCCAAGCGAUUCGUUGAAAUACUUGCUGCAUAUGAGAUUCUAUCCGAUUCUGAGAGGAGAGCGCAUUAUGACGAGUAUCUCUCAUUUCAGAAAGCACUUGUUCAUAUGCAUUCUAGACAAGGUUCUAAAAUGUGCAUGUAUGAAUCAUAUAGCACGGAAAUCAAGGAAAUGGAAGUUGUUGAAUGGUUAAAGUGGUAUAGACAAACAAUAAACGACAUAUUGGCUGAAAAAAGGGUAGUAUCUGGAUCAGGCUAUUUGGAUGCACUGGAAAGAGAUUUCUACUCAGCAUUACAUUUAGCAUUCUACGGCCCUGAGAUUGAGUCAGAUCUCCUUCCUGAGUUUUUUGAAGCUGAGGAGCGAUCAGUAUAUGAAACAGCUGAGGUUCUACACCUGGUUUCUGGGCGAGAUCUUUUCGGGAUGGUCUGUUUAGCAAAAAAUGUCCCUGAACUGUCACAUGCUUCUAUGGAGAGACUGGCAUCCUUAGAAGCAGACUUAUGUCAUUCCCUUGAAAAUAUCCCCAUUAAAAUGCAUUCGGAGACGGCUGCUGCUGGUUCUGAUAAAAAGCAAUUGAGAAGUUCCAAUUACUAUACAUCAGAUGCAUACAGAGACUUAGAAUUGCAUGUUGGAGGGAGGCUUGUUGCUAUGGCAACAAGAGUUCCACCUAGGAGUAGAUAUAAUGGGAUACAGAAUGAAGGUAUUGAUGACUGCAUUCAUGUUUACCUCAGCUCACAUGACGUCCCCAAAAGUAACUUAAUGGACUUCGGAUUGAAGUCUGUCAUUCCACUGGGAAUGAUAAAAGGGUUGGGGACCAGUCCUGAAGAAGGUCCUUGCGAUGUUUACGACAACAACGGUGUGAAAACCCAUGAGAUUAUGAAGCAUCGAACAUUACUGGUAAGACACAUGCACUGGUAUCAAUUAGGAGAUGAAGUAUUAACCUGUGAGUGCAGAUGCAGCAAAGCUAAGCUACCUCCGAGCAAAUUCUGGCUAUUUGAACCUCGAUGUGGCAUGCAUGACAUUGGAGGUUGGUAUGUGGAGACGUUUGGCAGAGAUAAGAAAGGCCGAAAUGUGCCAUCUCAGAGGUAUUGGGAUGGCUUGGAGGCAAAUGAUCACUUUGAGAAGAGAUUACAUCCAGCAAUGUACUUGCUUGCUCUUGCCUACAGUACUCUAGAUAUUGAACAUUCAAGGAGAAAUAAACAAAGAAUGAAGGAUCUUAUGGAGUUGAACUUAUCUAGAAUUUUCAGCUGGUGCAAGCGACUAGUACGCUAAGGCCUAGUGACAUUCAGCUCUAUCAUCAUAUCCUUGUUCAGCCCCAGAAGUUAUUAGGGAACUGUACUUGUUUUUGAUAAAGGUAACAAAUCUAUACUCCAUUAGCACAAAGGCAAUGUUAAAAGCCAUAUUUACAAUUCUCAAAAAGAGCUGAUGAACAGGUGACACACUUGUUAAAGAAUUCUCAUAUAAGCUAGGGCGUCGAUUAGGAUGGCUCGUGGAUUGAUGAGCAAACACCAUGAGGCUUGAAUACGACCGAUUUUGUUUCUUAUAUGGUGCCAUUGAUUCACCAAGCACAUUGAUGCAGCUUAAACUCUUUUAACUGCCAAUGAGAUUGCUGUCCUGCUGCAUUCCUGGUCUCUUAUUUUUGGUGCCACGACCUAUAUUGGUUACUAGAUGGAGUAAAUUGAAUUGCUGAAGCACCAUCAAGAAUGAUACUCCGUUAGUGUGAAGAACUACAUGCGUACUGCCUUUGGCUUGGUCUUUGGUGACACAACAUAAUGCUAAACUAUGCUGAUCCUCAUAUCUUGAAAGCCAUAUUUGGAUCAUAACAUUAUGUCCCAUAAAAGGCAUUUGAUGCCUUAUGUAGAAACCAAGUAACACCUCAAGCCAAAGGAGUGAAGCAUUGAGAUUUCGGAGAGAAGCAAUGGUGUUAGCACAGAUGACAACAAUUAUAAUUCUCGUGUGCUGGCUUGCAUUGCAGGUAGAUUUUUGGUCAGAUGAUUGAUGUGCACUUGCUAUAUACUAUUUAUGAUUCUUGAACUUUUGUGCUUGUUAUACACAGUUUAGAACAUCAAAUAGUUCUCUAUGAAAAAUAACACAGUAGUUAGUUACUGGUUUAGUAUAUUUGAGUUCAAUUACACAAAUCUUGUAAACAGUUCUACAGUGGUUUUCUUAUCAUUUUAUUUAAGUGGGUCUUCCAUUUCCAAUACCGCA